AUGCCGGUCGAGUGCCCAGUGGGAGGCGGCCAGGAGACGCCGCGAGCCUCGUGGCGGAGGGGAGAGCCGGGCAAGAAGCCGCUGAACUCGAAGCUGGUCGCGCGGCUGCGGCGUCGGUGUUUGCUUCUGCUCGGAUCGCUCUGCGUGAGUGUGGGGAUUUUCUGGUGUCUCUUCUCCUCGGGAGUUCUCACGCUGCUCUUCCCCGGCGCCUUCAGCCGCGACUCGCCUCAGACGCACUCCCUGGACUUGCAUGCACCUGCAGUCGCCGAACUCCACAGCCUCCUCAAAGGCCUGCCCCUCCCGACGCACCACGAAAAAGCCACCGUCGACAACAGCGCAAUCGUCGUCGGCGUCCACGGCACAGUGAAGGCACCGUACAGCAGAGUCGUCGACCAUCUGUUGAAGAUCGUGGUACUUCCGGUGUUGACAGGAGAGCCGCGUUACGUGACUGGAGACGAUUUCUCAGUUAUCAUUCCUGUUCGCAAUGAAGAGGCGUAUCUUCCCAAGACGUUGACUUUCUUGUUCGAAGUAACUCCAAUCGAGCGCAUCCGCGAGGUGAUUGUCGUCGACGACCACAGCGACAAGCCGAUAAAAGCAAUUCUGGAGAAGACGCUUCCUCAACACAUCCUCGACAAGACGCGCAUCAUCCGCUUCGACUCGCCUCAAGGCUUAAUUCGCGGACGGGUGGCGGGAGCAGCGAUUGCGACAAGCGACAACUUUUUCUUUCUCGACGGACACUGCAGACCGAAGGUCGGCUGGGCGGAGCCUCUCCUCGCGCAUUUGAAAACCAAUUACCGGAGAAUUGCUUGCCCCAAGAUUUACGAUAUUUACCUGGACUCCUGGGAAGACGUCGGCACCCACGGAACGAAGAUGAUGUUUGAGUGGACUUUCGAAUUCGGCUGGUUUGAAGACCUCGAAGACGAAGUCCCCGUGCUUGCAGGCGGCAUUCUCGCGAUGACUAAGAAGUGGUGGAUUGAGUCCGGGCUGUACGACGAAGGCAUGCUCGAGUGGGGUGGAGAAAAUCUGGAGCAGUCGAUUCGCUCCUGGCUCUGCGGAGGCGAAAUCGUGGCCGUGCAGGAGUCAAAAAUCGGACACAUUUUCUCGAGGCCUCCGAAACCGAAUCCAGGAAAUCGACUUGUCAUACAGGUCCAGAAGAAUCAGAAACGCGGAGCGAAAGUCUGGCUGGACGAGUACUACUUUUUAUUCUACAAGUACCACCGGGAAGUGCGUGGACACCAGGAAGGCGACAUUACGCAGCGAAAGAAACUGCGGUACGAACAGUUGACUUGCAUGCCAUUCCAGUGGUACGUGGAGAAAUUCAAAACUGCCUUCGACCGCAAGGGACUUCUCGACCACAACUUCUUCCACAUUGAACACGAACAAACAGGCCUGUGUCUCUCCUCUGCGUACACCCCCGGUUUUCCCGACCACCGUCUCGUGUUGGAGCCUUGCGAUCUCCACGCCCGUCUCCAGCAAUGGACCGUGGCCGCGGGGAAUCGGUUGAUUGAAAACCGAGAGAAGAAGUGCAUCGACGCGUUUGUCCAGCAAGCCGAUGCGCGGGCGCCGGUUGUGUGGACCUGCGACUGGAACCGCGUCCUGCAAAGGCAAAACGAAAACCAGUUCUGGCAGUGGGAUGCGUCGCUGCCGGGCCAGGCUGCCUCUGCAAACGCGACGGGACGAAUCUUCUCCUUCUCGCACCCCGACACUGUCUCCCUCACGGGUCACGACACGCUGUCGGUGUACAGACACCUGGCGGCGUCGCACCAUGCGCGGUGCCUGGUGGUGGAGGCGCCGCGGAGCCGCGGAGACGAGCAGAAGAAGCUCCUUUUCGUGAACUGGAAGAGCUGCGACGAGCCCGUCCGUCCGGAGACGAACGACGGGUGGACCGUCGAGAACCGCGGAGAGGGGCAGGACGAGGAAGAAGAAGUACGAGGAGACCGCAUGCGCUUCAAGCCAAAGUGGUUCUUCGCGCCGCUCUCGUCCAGAGUCGGCCUGCGCACGAUGGAGGACGCUAACAGCAUCACCGACCAAGCCGCAGAAAAGUACCUCAGAAAGGCGCCGAAGCCGCUCGACGAGUAGCAGCGAAGGCGCACAGGGCGAGAAGGCGGGAGGGGAACAUGGAGGGGUGAAAGAGGAUCGCGGAAGGCCCAGAGAAAGAGAAUCAGGGGACAGGAGAUAAGCAGGAGAGAGAGAGACAGGGAGGGAACAGGGCAGCAGACAGAAAGAGCUUCCCUGCACGAAGCGUAAGCGAGAAACGGCACACAAGGCGGCCGUUUCAGUUCUCCCGGCGUUCGCAACGAAACCCCCCAAACGGGGAAAACGGCGACACCCAGGAGGCAGAACGGCUAUACGCGACGGGGGAGAAGGCGAUCCACGGAAGAGCACACCCGUCGCCGAAUGCAGACUGCAAAGAGCUGUACAAACGAACCCGGCGCCACAAAAACGAGCGUGUAGAUAAACGAAAAAAAGCAGAAUCGCGAAGUUGGCUGGCGCUCCAACUGGCACGAGAAAUUUAGGUGUACAUACAUAUGGUCCGAUGUACAGACACCGGAGGAACUCCGAGUGUCUCUCGGUGUAAAUUCCGCGUCUUGGUUUCUCCUCGACUCAGAGGGGAAAUAGUGUACACUGACUUUUUCUUUCACAUCGAGGCUCAGCGCGCAGAACGUCUCUUUUUUCCGUUUGAAGACACAGUCGUCGGAAGUCUCUUCUUUUGGUGUAGCGAUACUGCUUUCGCUGGUGCUGGCGAAGCGCCGAGCCGGGUUCCAUCAACAGCCGUUUAAAACAGAUUUUUGAACUAAGAGACA